AUGAUGAUAUUUUUUAUUUUCAGAAAUAUUUUAAUUUUAUAUUAUGCAUUGUGGUCAUUUCAUAAAAUUUAUGUUAAUUGUAUUUUUAGUAAUAAAGAUACACUGGAUAAUUUAGAUGAUAAUACUUUGUUAGCUUUUUUUUUAUUAGUACAACUAGAAAUUCCUUAUUUUUUAGAAAAUUUUUCACAAAAACUAAAAUAUGAAAAAGUAAUUGAUGCUACUAUAUAUAUAUUUAAUGAAGAAAUUUCCAAAACUGAAUUUAAAAAUGAAGAAAAAGAUUAUUUCAUUCAAGAUAUAAAAUGUACCAUUUGGGGGAAUAUUUUGAAAGAUAUAAAAAAUGAAAAUAAAAAAUAUUUCACAUGGCUAAAUUUAAUCUUUAAUGAAUGCUGGUAUAAAGAAGAAAAAUGUGAAGAUUUAACUUCAAAGAAAUGUACAUUAUCUGUUUUAGCUAUGGUCCCAAAAAGAUCGUUAAAAUUAACAUGUAUCAACUGUGUAAUAUAUGCAUUGAAUUAUGCAUCUCAUUCAAAAUAUUUAUUUAAAAUGUCUUCUCAAAUAGAACAUUGUUAUGAUGAGAAUAAUUCACAUUUAAUUAAUUUAAGUAAAGAUAUUGGUUUAAUAAGAGAAAACAGAAUUUACUUAAGUAGUUUAGAGAAAAUAUCUGUCUUAAAAAAUGUAAAAAGUGAAAUAAUUGUUUUACUUAUAAAAAAUGCUACAGGCUUAAUAAAUUUAUUAAAAACAGGAGAUCAUGGGAAAUUUAUACGUGUAAUUAAUCAGUCUCUCUUUGACGUAAUAAAAAAAAGUGUAAAAGAUUAUUUAAAAAAUUUAAAUUACAAUAAUGCUUACAAAAGUGAUGAAAGUAUAAUGAAUUUAAAAAUGGAAAAAUCUCUUACUUUAACUGUUAAUGGAUAUUUAUUUUCUGAUAAAAACAGUAAUAAGAUUUUACGUUUUUAUGAUUUUGGAUUAUUUUUAUCAGGGAUUCAUUUAAAAAAAUGUACUUCCUUAUUAACAAAAAAUAAUUUAAUAAUUCAAAUUGAAAUAGGAAAUAUUAAAAAUAAUACUCCCCUUGAAAAUGGGAAAAUCUUAAACUUAAUAGAAUACGAAUUAUUCUUAAAUUCCUUUUUACAUUUUGGUUCUAAUUAUUAUUCUAAAGUAACAAUUUUAUUAAAAAAAGUCAUUUAUAUGAAAGGAAAUAAUUGGAAUGAUAUAUUUAUAUAUGAUGAAUUAAAUCAAGAUAACUCUAUUAUUGAUGAUUCUGCAGCUAUUAUUAGUGGUGAAACUUCCGAAACAUUCAAUAAUUUAACAAGUUACUCUUUAGAAGAUCAUAUUGAAGAAAGAAAAAAAAUAGAAGAAUUUAAAAAAAAUCAAAUAGAAUUAAUGGAAGAUCAAACCGUUAUUUUUAUUAUUAUGGUAAAUAUAUUACCAGAAAAUAAAUACUCUUUAUUGAAAAAAAAAAUUAUUGAUCUUUUAAAAAAUCCUGUAAAUUCUAGAUCAUUAGAAGGAUUUCAAUAUGAUAAUAUUAAAUUGAUUAGUGAAAAAUUAAUUGAAGUGUUAGGAGAAUCAUUUAAUGAUGUUCAAAGUAAUACAAGAAGAAGAACAAAUUAUUUUGGUUCUAGAAUAAACAAAAGAGAGAUUGAAUCAAUAGAAAAAUUAAUUCAACCAGGUAAAAAAUUAGUUCAGAUAGCAUUCCAUAAUUUUACAUCUAUACCAUUAGAAAAUAGAACAAAAUUCUAUUCAGCUAAUAAAAUGUUUUCUUUAUUUGAACAUAGAAUUCAUUACUAUAAUGAAUGGAAUUCUCAAAUUUUAUUUAGCAAAAAAAUAUAUCCUGAAGAUAUAUUAUUAACUAAAAGUUAUAAUGUAUUUUCUUAUGUAAAACCUAAUAAAAAUUAUUGGUUCAUUAUAUCAUUAACAGUUAUUCCUUUUUUAAUAAUUUUAUUGUUAUUUGGUGUUUUUAAAUAUAUGUUCCCAAAAAGGUUACAGUUUCACUUUUUUUCUAAAAAGAAAACCAAAAAACAUAAAUAUAGCUGCCUUAAAUGCCACAAAAGUUGCAGAGAUAUUAGCAGAAUAAGAAAAAGUUCCUACAAAUUGAAAAAGCAGUUAAUGAAUAAAAACUCUUAUAAUUUAUUGAAAAAAAAAAGUAAGUUAAGAUAUAUGCCUAAAGAAAAAAGUUGUGCUAAAUCAUAUGCAUCAAAAAAACAGAUAAGGAAGAAAGACAUAUUUUUUGAAGAUAUUGAAACUAAUAAUGCAUUUUUAAAAUAA